GAGUGAGGAGAAAGAGCCAAAAGAGGUUGCUGCGUGCAGGCGUAUUGGUCUAGACUCGUCGGUUCUUUCGGGGGAUGCUUGGUUUGUGAGAAAGGAAGCAAGGGUGCUUUUGUCUCGCCCCAUAGCAGCGGAGGUCGACCAAACGGCCCAGCGCACCUCCACCUUGCCGCAGCACAAGGCCUUGACCUUGCUUGGAGAGAGCAAAGACAGCAGCAACGGGAUGUCCGAGACGAGGAACAUGGACGGCCAUGUGGCCAACGGCAGCACCAACGGGGUGCGCACCCUGCGAAAUGGAAAACGGCCUUUUCUCAUCGGCGUGUCCGGAGGAACGGCUUCCGGCAAGUCCACCGUUUGCAAAAGGAUCAUGGAGAAGUUAGGCAUCGACAAUGUGGCCUACAUGCAGAGACAGGUUGUCUGCAUCAGCCAAGACAGCUUCUACCGCGAGCUCAAUGAGGACGAGAAGGUCCGUGCCCUGAAGGGCAACUUCAACUUUGACCACCCUGACGCAUUUAACAAUGAACUGCUGCACCAAACGCUGGUAGACAUUUUACACGGCCAGAGCUGCGAAAUUCCCGUCUACGAUUACUGCACGCACUCGAGCAGCGGAGAGCGCUUCUCCACUAUUUACCCAGCCGACGUCGUGCUGGUCGAGGGAAUCCUCGUCUUUUACAUACCGCAGAUCAGGAACCUGUUCCACAUGAAAUUGUUCGUGGACACCGACUCUGACCUGAGGCUGGCCCGAAGAGUUUUAAGGGACAUCAAAGACCGCGGCAGAGACCUUGACCACGUCCUCAACCAGUACACAAUGUAUGUCAAGCCAGCGUUCGAAGAGUUCUGUCUUCCGACCAAGAAAUUCGCCGACGUGAUCAUUCCCCGAGGGGCCGACAAUACAGUGGCUAUUGACUUGAUUGUCCAGCAUAUUCGAAAUAUUUUGCAUGGCGCCGUCGAUGACGAGGACGGGGGCGCAGGUGUGACGUGCCACCCUCCGUGUAAUGGCAACACUCACCACAAGCCGACACACAAGCAGUCAAGUCUCAGUUCAUCCUCGGAAUCUCUCAUUCGUUAGACGCAGCACUCACCACAUUCAGGCUCGGUAGAAUUUGCGAUUUCGAUGGAGAAACUUGAAGAAAUGCCCCAAGUUCGCCUUUCUCGGAUUGAUUAAUUUUUUUAAAGUAACCGCAGACCAUCCAAAAGUUCAUACUCUCGCACUUUGAAUCUACAACUUGAUUAGCACAAUGUAUUAACAAUAAUUAUAAUAGCUUCCGAGGUGCUCAAACUGAAUCAAGAUUUUGUGAAAACGAACGUAAUUUGUAUGAUGCAGCGUGUAACUAGUUUUUUCGACUGUUCUAUUGAAUGAAUUUCGCAGUAGCAGGGUAGAUUUUUGAUGUGUUUACACUAGAGUCAAAUGCCGUUUGAUGGAUAAUAUAGAAAUAAGCUUCCCAGCCAAAUUGUGAGGAAAUUCUCUGCUCAAAGGCAUUAUUGUAUAUUAUAUAUUUUGAAGAUUGCAAAUUUUAAUUACACGCACAUAGUGGUCUGUGCUAAAUAUCACAUCAAAUUAUAAAAUAGCACUAUGGAACUCUAUUUUUGACAGUGUCAAUCGAUUCCUAGGGGCUGAAUUGAUGGACGAUUUACCCAGUCGAAAAUUCGACUGGAUGUGGCAAAAAUCAGUGGAAACGUAAAAAUCGUAAUUUUGGUGUUUUGGUCUGAACCUAGCACAAAACGCCCCAGGAACGACGAUGAUCAAUCAGAGAACCGCUACCUUGAUUGAUCACCUGCGUUGCUGUGGCUCUUUUUGCUUUUGGUGCAGACCAAAAACUUAACAAUUUGUCUGCUUUUAAGUUUUGGCGACGUUGUGUCGAAUUUACAAUCAAGUGAUUCAGCUGCCUGACCUUCUUCGACACUCGGUAAUCGAUUGGAAAAGUCAAAAGUAAAAUUCCAGUACUACUUUAAAGGGUGCAGGCUGGUGCGGUGGAGAAGAAUUGCAGGCAAGCAUUGAAAGUAGUAAAUUUAUCGGAAUUUUUGUUUUGCGUGCCUGCAGCGAUAUUUGAAAGGGUAAAAUAAAGCGUUCAUUUUUAAAAUUAUCGAUUUUGUAGGUACAUUUACACAUAAUAAUUGCUGCCAUUUUAAUUAAAAACUUGUAAACAUCAGUGCAUUUUCUUUGCAGAUCAUUUUGUAAUCAUAAGUUGAAGUCAAAGUGGCAUUUCGCAGCCAACUUACUGUACUUGUAGCAAUCAAGGUUUAGCAUUUACCUCUUAAUUAAUUUAGAGUGAAAAUGCCGCAUGUAGCGAAAACCCCCAAGAGCUGCUGCAUUCCAUAUUAGCCCAGUAUUCUGCCUUAUUGUUCCUCUAAUCUGUACUCAUGAACAGGUUCCCCACAGCUACUUGUGAUCAUAUGUAAAAUAUAUAUGGAAUCUUUUGUAUGGCGUGUUUCACUUGUACUCAACACAAACUACGGAUCUGAAUCACAGUGUCUCAAAGCUGCUGUUUUUAUUUAAUCAAGGUAUUAUGUCAUUGCGUGAGAACAAAAAAGAAUGUAUUUUGCCAGGAUGAAUUCUAAUAAAAAAGUUGAAGAGAAAAA